CGAGACGUUGUUGUCAGGUAGCUUCAGGUCGCCAGCUGUUGAGACUCUGUUCUCUAGAAGCCAAUUUGUCUCCAUUCUCGCUCUGCGGACUGUCUAAAGCCGCAUACUGAUUACUAGCACCGAUCCCUUAUUCCCCUCCCAGGAGGCAGCGGAGCUAUCGGACCAACCAGCUACCAUACUCCGCGCGUCCUAAGGGGUCCGCUGAUUCGACGAUCAUAUUCUGAAGGACCUAUAUCGUUAUUGUUCAUAACGCAGAGGAUCGAAUCCUCAAAUUACCUUCCACUAUGGCAUCAUUCCUGGACCAUGCGUACAGCUUGGUGCACAUGGAUAAUGCGGCCGAUCAGCCCACUGUCCAAGAGUUGAAGACCCAAUUGGAGAAAGGGAACGAUGAAACGAAGCUGGAUACGAUGAAGCGGAUUCUGACCAUCAUGCUUAACGGCGAUCCCAUGCCUCAACUCCUGAUGCAUAUUAUCAGAUUCGUCAUGCCUUCAAAGAGCAAGUCGUUGAAGAAGCUGCUAUACUUCUAUUACGAAAUAUGUCCGAAGUUGGAUGCGACUGGGAAGUUGAAGCAGGAAAUGAUUUUGGUCUGCAACGGCAUCAGAAAUGACCUUCAACAUCCCAACGAAUACAUCAGGGGUAACACCCUCCGUUUCCUUUCCAAGCUCCGGGAACCCGAAUUAAUCGAACCAUUAAUAUCUUCUGCUCGAGCGUGUUUGGAACAUCGCCACGCAUAUGUGCGGAAGAAUGCAGUAUUCGCCAUUUCGUCUGUAUACCAGCAUUCAGAAGCUCUUAUUCCCGAUGCGCCGGAGCUCCUUCAAACAUUCCUCGAAGGUGAAACAGACCACACCUGCAAACGCAAUGCUUUCGCUGCAUUGACAGCUAUUAGCCACCAAAAAGCCUUCGAAUAUCUCAGCACUGUUUUUGAGGGCAUCGCAAAUGCAGACGAGCUCUUGCAACUUGUUGAACUUGAGUUCAUCCGGAAGGAUGCUGUGCAAAGCCCUCAGAACAAGGCACGUUACCUGAGAUUGAUUUUCGAUCUUCUUGAGGCUGGGGCCACGACUGUGGUCUACGAAGCGGCCUCGUCUUUAACUGCCCUUACGAACAAUCCCGUAGCUGUUAAGGCAGCUGCCUCGAAGUUUAUUGAGCUUAGCAUUAAGGAAGCAGACAACAAUGUCAAACUGAUCGUGCUUGACCGGGUUGAUCAGCUGCGGCAAAAGAAUGAGGGCGUUUUGGAUGAUCUGACGAUGGAGAUUUUGCGGGUUCUCUCUAGCCCCGAUAUUGAUGUCAGACGGAAAGCACUCUCCAUCGCCCUUGAAAUGGUCUCAAGCAGAAAUGUUGAGGAAGUUGUCAUGUUGUUGAAGAAAGAGCUCUCAAAAACAGUCGAUGAGCAGUAUGAGAAGAACAACGAGUACAGGCAACUUCUCAUCCACUCUAUCCACCAAUGUGCUAUCAAGUUCUCCGAAGUGGCCGCCAGUGUCGUGGGUCUGCUCAUGGACUUCAUUGCCGACCUCAACAAUACUUCUGCUGUCGAUGUCAUUACAUUUGUGAAAGAGGUGGUCGAAAAGUUCCCCCAGCUCCGACCCUCGAUUGUCGAACGCCUUGUUCAAACUCUUGGUGAAGUUCGUGCCGGAAAGGUAUACAGAGGCGCGCUCUGGAUUGUUGGAGAAUAUUCGCUUGAGGCAGACGACAUUCGAGAGGCGUGGAAACGCAUCCGCGCUAGCUUGGGAGAGAUUCCAAUUCUGGCCUCUGAACAGCGACUACUUGAUGAGGCCCAGAAUGAAGAUGGCGAGACCAAGGAGCAACUCAACGGUCAUGCCAAACCUUCUGCGCCUACUGGAUCUCGCAGAGUACUUGCCGAUGGCACGUACGCUUCAGAGAGUGCGUUGACUAGUGAGUCGGCUACGGCUGCAAGAUUGGAAGCCGUCAAAGCGGCACAGAAGCCCCCAUUAAGGCAAUUGAUCCUUGAUGGAGAUUACUUCCUUGCAACCGUGCUUUCGUCCACAUUGACGAAAUUGGUUAUGCGGCACUCUGAGAUCUCUCAGGACGCUGCGCGAACAAACGCGCUCAGGGCUGAGGCUAUGCUUAUUAUGAUCUCUAUCAUUCGUGUUGGUCAAUCUCAAUUCGUCAAAGCUCCUAUCGAUGAAGAUUCCGUGGACAGAAUCAUGUCAUGUAUCCGCUCGCUUGCCGAGUUUGCUGAGAAGAAAGAACUUGAGACUAUCUUUUUGAAUGAUACGAGGAAAGCAUUCCGAGACAUGAUUCAAGUUGAGGACAAGAAACGCGCUGCUAAGGAGGCUGAUGAGAGAGCCAAGAGCGCCAUUCAAGUAGACGACGUAUUGAAUAUUCGACAGCUGACCAAAAAGACAACGGUUGAUGGUGCGGACGAAAUUGAAUUAGAUCUUGAAAAAGCAACCGGGGGUGAUUCUACUGUGGAGGACUUAUCUUCGAAGUUGAGCAGAGUCGUUCAGCUCACCGGUUUCUCAGAUGCAGUCUACGUUGAGGCCUACGUCAAAGUCCAUCAAUUCGAUAUUGUCCUUGAUGUUCUUCUGGUUAACCAGACAACGGACACUCUUCAGAACUUAUCGGUUGAAUUCGCCACGCUAGGUGACCUGAAGGUUGUGGAGCGCCCGACCACGCAGAAUCUUGGCCCGCAUGAUUUCCUCAAUGUCCAGGCCACUAUUCGAGUUUCAUCCACAGAUACCGGCGUCAUCUUUGGAAAUGUUGUCUAUGAUGGCCCAAGUUCGACUGAAAGCUACGUCGUCAUCUUAAGCGACGUGCAUGUCGAUAUCAUGGACUAUAUCCAGCCGGCCACAUGCACUGAGACGCAGUUCCGCACAAUGUGGACUGAAUUUGAAUGGGAGAACAAGGUUAACAUCAACUCUAAGGCUAAGUCUCUAAGAGAUUUCCUGUCACAACUGAUGGCAUCCACCAACAUGAACUGUCUCACUCCUGAAGCAUCGUUGCAAGGCGACUGCCAGUUCCUGAGCGCAAAUCUUUACGCCCGCAGUGUUUUUGGAGAGGACGCUCUUGCAAACGUGAGCAUUGAAAAGGAAGGCGAAAACGGACCUGUGACUGGUUUCGUCCGGAUUCGAAGCCGCUCCCAAGGUCUAGCACUCAGCCUUGGCUCUCUUAAAGGUCUUAACAAGGCUUAGAGAUUCUGUUUGGAGAUUCGUGAUGCAAUCGCAUUUAGUUUUGCUUGCUUUUUUCUUUGUAUGAAAACGGCGUACUAAUUCCCGGAGUCUUUUCACAUUUCCCCUCCCGCUUCCGCAUGUACUCUAUUCCAUUGUAAUUUUUGGGACUUUGAAUGAUAGUGUCUCAAUAUUCAGUGGUUGCAAAAUGAGCAACUCAUAACGACCCGUGCCUGCAUAGUCCACUCACACUAAAAAAUCAUAUAAAUAAUGCGCAACGGGGACUGAGCUUUUCCUUUAAGCCGAUGGCAACCGAAACCUCUUCGUCUAUCAUUAUUGCGCAUUUUAUUUUUAAGGGAAAACGAUCGAAUAAUACACAAGUUAAAUUUUGCUAGAGCG